AUUGAUUAUUAGUGUCGGCAGUUUACAUGAAAAUAGAUAUUUGCAAGAAUUAGGUCAAUAUCGAUAAUAGAAUAUACAACUAGUGUGAUUGUUAUUGAAUUAUGCAGCAGAUUCUUCUUACCAAUGGUAUUCGUCUAUUAACAUUGUAUGGAUUUUUAUAAUUUGUACACUUUCAAUGGAAGCCAAUGUAGAUUCAUUGAAUUUUUAAACAAAUUCUAGGAAGAUAGUUUAAAUAAAGCAACAGUGGAUACACAACUGUGUUUUCAUGCAUUCUCCUUUUACCGUGAUAUUCAAAUAAAGUAGAAUAACCGAAAAUGGAUACAAACAAACUUACAUUGGAUGAUAUAAGGAUCAUUCCAUCGGAUGAUUAUGCACUUCACACGUUUCUACUAAAGAUUGGAGAUCAGCUAACAGAGGAAGACUUUAAAAAACUCAAAUUCUGUUGCGCAGGCGAAGGUGGUUUGACUAAAAAUGUUUUAGAGAAGAUAACAGAUUACAUGAGUCUUUUUACUCAUUUGAAAGAACGCAGGAUUCUGACUAAAUACAAUCUUGCGCCAUUACAAGCAAUGAUAUGGCAUUUGGGAAGGAAAGAUUUGUACAAGGAUUUCUUGGAAUAUUGUAAUUCACAGGAUAAAACACUUCAUUUCUUUGUUCCUUCGGAACAUCCAGUUAAUGGUUACAGACAUGUGGAUUUUCAUAUCAGAGGAACUGAUCUAUUUAGUUCAGAUGACUUGGAAGCAUUAAAAGCGGCCAUGUCAGUUUUACUACGCUGUCCAAUGCAUCACAUCAUUAUUGAUGGUAUAGAACCGACAAGCAGCAUUCAUAUUACCAUCAUGAUACCAGAAGUAUGUAUUGCGAUUCUCUUGAACUUAGGAGACCAGGAGAAAAAAAGAUUAUGUUUGCAUGGGGUAGAUCGGAUUAAAGUAGACGAACUACUUAUAGACUGCAAAGAUUUUAAAGAGGACGAAGAAAAACCAACUCUUGAUAAAGAUGCAGCUGUAAAAAAAAUUCUACAACAAAACAGAGAUCUGCAGAUGGAUGUUGAGAACUAUCAGCUCGCUAUUGAACAAGAAAAAGAAAACACCAAAGAAUACAUAUCGAAUAUUACAGAUGCCUUACUAGAAUUAAGGUAUGCCGUGGAAAUAUGUGAAGAAGAAAGAGAUGAAAUUACUCGCAAACUUCAGAAUAUUAUUGACGAAUAUGACGAGAAAUGUUCUGAAUUAAACAAAGUCAUUGAAAAAGCUCAUAUUGUAACGUCGGAAAAUUUCUGCAAAGAUGCUUUAGUAGACCUUAAGGACACUGCUGAAAAAUGUGAAACGGAAAGAGAAGAAAUUAUCUGUAAACUUCAAAACAUUGUUGAUGAAAGUAACUUUGGAGAAACUAGACACAGAAUUUCAGAAUAUGGAUGUAAAGAAACGUUAUUGUACUCAAGAGGAGAUGUACUAAGAUCUUUGUCUCAGCUUGAUAAGUUAGGAAUAGAGGAACUGGAGGAAAAGUCGUGUGAUAUUCAGUCGCAAAUUAUAGAAAUCUUACAAACUAGUCAAGCAUGUGAAAUUACAUCAGAUAUAGUGCAAAGCGUACAAACAGAGAGAAAAAAUCUGGAAAAACUAAAGGAAAAUAUACAGAAUCUAGUGAAUGUUGAGGUUUUUGACAAGGUAUAUUCAGCUGUUCAACGGUUAAAGAAAAUAGAAGAUGUAAUUUUAGUGAAGAAAAGGCAUCGAAGCACAUCAUUAACUUGUUCUUCCGACCAAGAGUCAUAAACUGUACAGCGUUCAAAUUUACCAUAUCGAAAAAUUGAUAAAUUGUGAUUUGCUCCACCUAAACAGUUUUUUCAUGAUUCCAAAUCAAGAUUUUAGUGUUAAAUACAAGUGAAAUGCUAUAAGGCGAAAAGUUACUAUAAUCAUUAGCAGUUAAAUUUACUUUUGAGGGAUAACAGAAAUUCAAGGCAAUAACAUUUUUCGUGUUUCAAGAAAUAUUUUGAAAAGUAAAACAAAAAUGAAUGUUAUUUCCAUGCA